GGCAAGUCCACGCUCAUGAACACUCUUUUCAACACGGACUUCGAUGCCCAGGAGUGCAGCCACUUUGAGAGGUGCGUGCGGCUACGGCAGUGCACCUACGACCUGUGCGAGUGUGACGUGCACUUGCGGCUGACCAUUGUGGAAGCCCAGGGCUUUGGGGACCAAAUGAACAAGGAUGUGGGGCCCAUCGUGGACUAUGUGGACGCACAGUUCGAGAGCUACCUGCAGGAGGAGCUCAAGGUGCAGCGCUGCCUCUACGACUACGUGGACACGCGUGUGCACGUGUGCCUCUACUUCAUCACGCCCACCGGGCACUCUCUCAAGUCCCUGGACCUGGUGACUAUGAAGAGGCUGCACAGCAAGGUGAACAUCAUCCCCAUCAUCGCCAAGGCCGAUACCCUGACCAAAUGCGAGCUGCUUAGGUUCAAGAACAGGAUCAAGAAUGAUCUGGGGAGAAACGGUGUCCGCAUCUACCAGUUCCCCACAGAUGACGAAGCCGUGGCCCAGAUCAAUGACGCCAUGAAUGCCCACUUGCCUUUCGCGGUGGUGGGCAGCAUGGAAGAGGUUUGUGUGAACAACAAGCUGGUGCGAGCCCGCGAAUACCCGUGGGGCAUUGUGCAGGUGGAUGAUGAUGAUCACAGCGACUUUGGGAAGCUCAGGGAGAUGCUGAUCCGCGUGAACAUGGAAGACCUCCGUGAGCAGACCCACCGCUGCCACUACGAGCUCUACCGCUGCUGCAAGCUGCAGGAGAUGGGCUUCCAGUCCUCUCUGCGGGAGACCAAUCCCUCCGUUCCCCAGGGCAACAGCUGUGUGGAGGCCAUGAGGAAGCAGCUUGCAGAGGAGCUGUGCAAGAAGGAGAGGGAGAUGAAGCAGAUGAUAGUGAGCCGAAUGAAGGAAAAGGAGAUGGAGGUGAAGGCGAUGGAGAGGGAGUUGCAGGAGAAAUUGGAGUGCCUAAAGAGGAUCUACCAGGAAGAGAGGCAGAAGGUGGAGGAGAAGAGGAAGCAGCUGGAGGAUGAGAAAAUUGCCUUCAACCAGAGGAAGUCAGCCUGUGAGGCCAUGAUGAAAGGCCAAGCCGCCCAGCCCCCCAGAGGAGACAGAGAGCAGAAUAAUUAA